AUGGCGCCUUCCCCACUUCCCGUGGCCAACUCCACAGAUUCUUUCUGGAGGAGUGAGCUCCACCCUAUUGACAACCACCGAAGCACCCGUGAGCUCCCAUCCCUGGUCGACAUCGCCGUGGUAGGGGCUGGCUAUGCGGGAGCUUCAGUGGUCUACCACAUACUCAAGCAAAGUAAAGACAAAGCUGUUCCACCACCAUCAAUAGUCAUCCUCGAGGCGCGUCAGGCCUGCUCGGGCGCAACUGGCCGAAAUGGCGGUCAUCUCAAGCCAGACCCCUACAAUCGCCCGGCAUCCGUGGCAGUCUCCCACGGCUUCGAGACGGCAGCCGAGUGCGCCUCGUUCGAGGCAGCCACUCUCGCCGCGCUCAAGACAGCAAUUGAGGAUGAGCAAAUAGACUGCGACUUCGUGCUAACCCGGGCCGUCGAUGCGCUCAUGACAGACGCCAUAAACGAUCGCAUGAAGGCUGGCUUCGACCUCCUCCGCAAGGGGGGCCUGGAGGUCAUGAAGGACGUCUCCUACCAGGGAGGUCCCGGCGCAGAGCAGCUCUCGGGUGUGAAAGGCGCCAAGGGCUGUGUCAGCUACUCGGCGGGUCACUUGUGGCCGUACAAGCUCAUCUGUGCCCUACUGCAGAAGGCGGUGGACGCGGGGGUGAACCUGCAGACGCACACGCCUGUCACUGGGGUGUCGGCGAAGCCAGAUGCUCAUGGUUAUUACACUCUGACGACCAAGGACAGGGGAAUUUUGAGGGCGAAGAAAGUUAUUUAUGCCACGAACGGGUACACUUCUUCGAUUCUACCAGAGUUUGAGAACAAGAUUGUGCCUGUCAAGGGCAUCUGCAGCCAUAUUGUCCCAAGAACGAAACCCGCCCCACAUUUGCCAAACAGCUACAUCAUACGAUGGUCGCCUACUGAGUACGAGUAUCUCAUCCCGCGGUUGGACGGCAGCAUCGUUGUGGGCGGCGCUAGGGAAAGAUAUUAUAAGGAUCUCGACAGCUGGUACAAUAGCGUUGAAGACGACAAGCUCAUCACGACGGGUGGUGCUCAUCAUUACUUUGAUGAUUACAUGCAGAAGAACUUCAAGGGCUGGGAAGACUCAGGGGCCUACACUAACAAGGUCUGGACAGGGAUAAUGGGGUAUUCAUCCGAUGGAUGGCCGUACGUUGGCCCCGUGCCCAGUCGCCCAAAUCAAUUGAUCAUCGCCGGUUUUACCGGUCACGGUAUGCCUCAAAUAUUCCUCUCGGCGAAGGCUAUUGCCGAAAUGGCCUUAGAUGAGGUGAAUUUUAAGAGCACUGGUGUACCAAGAUUAUAUGAGGUGACGCAGGAGAGACUGGACAGUAAGAGGAAUGUCAUCCUAGAGAGCUGGGCGUCUUCUAAACCACCGGAGCCGAAGUUGUGA